AUGGGCUGUCCCCCCGCCGCCCUGGCGCUGCUGGGUCUCGCCGCCGCCUGUGCCGCGGUGCCGCUGCCGCUGCCCGACGCCGGCCCGCACGUCAACUACGGCUGGGGGGAACCCAUCCGGCUGCGGCACCUCUACACCGCCAGCAAGCACGGGCUCUUCAGCUGCUUCCUCCGCAUCGGCGGCGACGGCAGGGUGGAUGCGGCCGGGAGCCAGAGCGCGCAGAGUCUGCUGGAGAUCCGCGCCGUGGCCGUGCGCACCGUGGCCAUCAAGGGCGUGCGGAGCUCCCGGUACCUCUGCAUGGACGAGGAGGGGCGGCUGCACGGGCAGCUCAGGUAUUCCACUGAGGAUUGUUCCUUUGAGGAGGAGAUUCGCCCCGACGGCUACAACGUGUACAGAUCCAAAAAGCACGGAAUGUCGGUGUCUUUGAGUAGCGCCAAGCAAAGACAGCAGUUCAAGGGAAAAGAUUUUCUUCCGCUGUCUCACUUCUUACCGAUGAUCAACACAGUGCCUGUGGAGUCCACAGACUUUGGGGAGUACGGUGAUUACAGCCAGGCCUUUGAGCCAGAGGUGUAUUCCUCGCCUCUGGAAACGGACAGCAUGGACCCCUUUGGCAUCACCUCCAAACUGUCACCGGUGAAGAGCCCCAGCUUUCAGAAGUGACUCUGAUCACACACACAUUUUUACAGAAAUGUUGCAGAGUACUUUUUUUUAGCUUUUCGUGUAGUAAUAUUUGGGACUUUUUUGUACGGGGCCAGCCUUUUCCUUGCAACGUGUUGUUCCUGUAAGAGAUGAGUGCCGAGAGGCUGUUCUGUAGCGUAAACAAUUGUUUAUCCAUAGUUUUGUUUGGAAAAGAAGAGCUGAAUGAGAGAAGCUUAGCAGCUUCAUCAGAGUUCCUCCAUUACCAGGGUGAUGAUAAAAUAACUACGAUUUUCCUACAGCAGCUUCAUUUCCAAAUAUGUUCCCCCGUUAUUUCUGCUCACAGGGGCAAGCGCAGAAAACUUUUUCCUCCUCAGAGGCCUUAAAGACAAACAUUUGGAACAAAACACAAUUAAGGAAAACCUAGCAGAUGCAAUUACGUGGACUAGAAUUAAUGCUGUUUCUUGAAAGGCUGCUGACAAUGUUCUGGGAAAAACUUUCUAUUGAAAGCAUACUAUUG